AUGGUCAUUUUACUCUUACUCUUUAUUCUUCUUCCGGAAUAUUCGGUAUUAGUUGGUGCUAAUCCGUUCUGUAAUUGUCCACAAGGACCACCACCAUGUCCUCCACCACCACCACCAUGUCCUGCACCACCACCAUGUCCACCACUUCUUCCACCAGCUUGUCCACCAUGUCCUCCACCAUGUCCUCCACCAUGUCCACUACCAUGUCCUCCACCACUUCCUCCUUUACCAUGUCCUCCACCAUGUCCUCCCCCUCUACCAUGUCCUCCACCAUGUCCUCCCCCUCUACCAUGUCCUCCACCAUGUCCUCCCCCUCUACCGUGUCCUCCACCAUGUCCUCCCCCUCUACCAUGUCCUCCACCAUGUCCUCCCCCUCUACCGUGUCCUCCACCAUGUCCUCCUCCUCUACCAUGUCCACCACCAUGUCCUCCACCACCAAUUUGUCCACCUCUUGCACUACCUUGUCCACCACCACUUCCACCACCAUGUAGCUGUCCUUGCAAGCGCAAGAAGCGUUCCACACCUGUUGUUGCAGUUACUAGCGAAAAUAGUACCACUGGUCAUACUUUGUGCAACAACAAUAAUAUUCGCAAAAUUAUCCUAAAGAAUUUGGGCUCAGAUGUAAAAGUUUCGAAAGCAUCCAUUUAUUCGGAAUUGAAAGCGAAACAAAAGAAUGAUUACGUGGUGUUAUGUUCCCAAUCAAGUUUAUCAUUUACAAGCGAUUCAACGAAUUAUUGUGUUGAUGGAAAUAUGGAUCAUUUUUGUUAUGUAUUUCAACUAUAA